AUGACAGCAGCACAACUGGUUUGGGGCGCAAUUUCAUCACUCACCAAGCCCACCUUCCGCGUCCGCGUCCGGCUCCUUCUUGUAUUCGGCUUACCACCAUCAUCUCCCACACAUCAGCAGCGGCGACAAAAGCAGGACUUAUUGCCGUCCGACGGAGCGGGUGGUGGGCCUCCUUGUAGUCACGCCAGCGCCCUCGCUCUGAUUAGUGAGCCAAAUCCCACCCAGCAGAGCUCCACAACGCGUGCUGCUCACGUCAUUCACAUCAUUCUCAAGUGUCAAGUAGAGGGCCGCCGUUUGAAGCUUUUGGAGGUAGAUGCGAGUGUGGUGCGAUCGCGCAACCCAUCCUUCAUUGGUCAGAGGGCGAAUUUAAUUACAUCUGAAGUGUCCAUUUCUCAGUUGGUAGGAGGUGGGAUGACCUCGCCUUGUCCCAAUUUUGCAUUCAGUGCCCCCUGGUUUCUGGAACUCACUGAUCUCGAGCAUCGUAAACACCAGAAGGAAGUCAAUCACACCUCACUUCACACAUCCUCCCGGACUGUAACCUCGUCUUUGAGUAGGGCGCUGGUGGGGAAAUUGCACGGAGGCAUCGGUGAUGGGGUUAGUGUGAAUGAGCCUCUGAGGCAUGCAGUAAUGUCGAGGCGUCUCGACGUUGGGGCCUCGUCCAUCCUUCAGGUGGCUAACUCACUUAACAUACUAACGCGCUUUCAGCCCCCUUUUAUUGCUGCCAAACGCCGCCUCACCCAAUGCGAGGGAUGCGAGAGAGUUCGCGCAACCUGGAAGGGGCACUCCACACACUCCAUCGAAGGGCUGUGGGCCACGCUGCUGUUACUACUGCUGUUAGAGGAGAGCGCCAUCCUCCUGAAAAGCGAUAGAGAACGGGGAAAUGAGACUUUGACCGCUGGUGUGGGUGACGAAAAUUGCGAAAUUGUGAGCGAGAAUUCUUACGUCCUUGGCGUCAGGAUUCUUUCUCCACUAUUCAAUUACCAUCGUCGUCGUUCUUGUCGACAUCGCCAGCAAGCACAUUGCGUCGUCUCCCAUCUAGAAGUUGUCGUUGAUGAGCAUGGUAGUUGCGCCAUCCUGGACACAAGGCACCACCUUCACCGCUUAGAUUGGAGAAGACCAGAGUCCCACUUACGUCUCUCUUUGCUCUGUCCACUCUACCGUCCUUCAAGUGAAAGUGCAUCAACUGGAACUGUUCACACCUCGAAGCGAGCCUGCAACAAUGCUACUUCUGAUUGCAUCUCUAAUGAAUUCGGAUUCGCUGCCGACUCUCCCAUCUUUGAUCAGAGUUUAUCAGGUUCUCGGGAGGAGGAGGAGGAGGAGGAGGAGGAGGAGGAGGAGGAGGAGGAGGAGGAGGAGGAGGAGGAGGAGGAGGAGGAGGAGCACCGACAUCAUAGUCGUGACGCCUAUUCUACAACACAGUCGUAUCACAGUCGGCAUCCUGACGACACGCUGCUACUUUGA